CAGCUCGUAAGCGGCACUACUCACCCAGCACCCACCUCAAUUCUUAUCUUACCAACCGAAAGUAUCCUUCAGCAGACGACCAUUUUCCCACAAAUGUUUAUUAGGUCAGGCACUGCGAAUCCUUCGUGACCUUCCGUACAAUAGAUUUUCCCUUUGAAGAAAUAAAAAAGUUUAUCUCCCACUUCCACCCAGUUCAUCAAGUGAUUUACUAAGCUUCACCGCUCGGUUGGUUUGUGGGAAUGGUAAUGGCGGCCAGUUCCCUAUCGAAUCUGCCUUCCGCUGUCUUCAAUGGAAACCUUCAGAAAAAUGAAUUUGGGUUUGUGGGUAUGCCGCGACGACCCGCCAAGUAUCUCAAAUCCAAUCGUAGAGGUCGUGUUCUUAGAUGCCAAUCAACUCAAGUUGAUGAACCUAAAACUAAGAGAAAUUUACUUGACAAUGCAAGCAAUCUUCUAACUAAUUUGUUAAACGGUGGAAAUCUUGGAUCUAUGCCGAUAGCUGAAGGUGCAGUCUCUGAUUUGUUUGGUCGCCCACUCUUUUUUGCACUAUAUGAUUGGUUCUUAGAGCAUGGAUCUGUUUAUAAACUUGCCUUUGGACCAAAAGCCUUUGUUGUUGUAUCGGAUCCUAUUGUGGCAAGAUAUAUUCUUCGAGAAAAUGCAUUUAGUUAUGAUAAGGGAGUGCUUGCUGAUAUUCUCGAACCCAUAAUGGGUAAAGGACUAAUACCAGCUGACUUAGACACUUGGAAGCAAAGGAGACGAGUUAUAGCUCCUGGAUUCCACGCGUUAUACUUGGAAGCUAUGGCCAAAGUGUUUGCUGAUUGUUCAGAACGAUCGAUACGGAAAUUGGAGAAGCUUUUAGGAGAAGGUGAAGUUCAUGAGGAUAAAACCAUUGAGUUGGAUAUGGAAGCAGAGUUUUCAAAUUUGGCUCUUGAUAUCAUUGGACUUGGUGUUUUCAACUAUGAUUUUGGUUCUGUAACCAAAGAAUCCCCAGUGAUUAAGGCUGUAUAUGGAACCCUUUUUGAAGCAGAGCAUAGAUCAACUUUCUAUAUCCCAUAUUGGAAAGUACCUUUGGCAAGGUGGAUAGUCCCGAGGCAACGUAAAUUCAAUAGUGACCUUAAGGUUAUUAACGACUGUCUCGAUGGCCUAAUACGAAACGCAAGAGAAACCCGAGAGGAAGCAGAUGUCGAGAAAUUGCAGCAAAGGGACUAUUUAAAUCUUAAGGAUGCCAGUCUUUUGCGUUUCUUAGUUGAUAUGCGGGGAGCUGAUGUCGAUGAUCGGCAGCUUAGGGAUGAUCUGAUGACGAUGCUUAUUGCUGGCCAUGAAACAACUGCUGCUGUGCUUACAUGGGCUGUUUUUUUGCUUGCACAAAACCCUUCAAAAAUGAAAAAAGCUCAAGAAGAGGUUGAUUUGGUUCUUGGCAAGGGAAGGCCAAAUUUUGAAUUACUCAAAGAAUUGAAGUACAUCAGACUUAUCAUCGCGGAGACUCUUCGUUUGUUUCCUCAACCACCAUUGCUAAUAAGACGAGCUCUCAAACCAGAUACGUUACCAGGAGGAUAUAAUGGUGACAAAAAUGGAUAUCCAAUUCCUGCAGGGACUGACAUCUUCAUCUCUGUUUACAAUCUCCAUAGAUCCCCAUACUUCUGGGAUAACCCUCAAGAUUUCGAACCAGAGAGAUUUCAGGUAAACAAAGCGAGCGAUGGGAUUGAAGGAUGGGAUGGUUUCGAUCCUUCUAGAAGCCCGGGAGCUCUAUACCCAAAUGAGAUUAUAUCAGACUUUUCCUUCUUGCCAUUUGGAGGAGGACCUAGAAAAUGUGUGGGAGAUCAAUUUGCUUUAAUGGAGUCAACUAUAGCACUGGCCAUGUUGCUGCAGAAGUUUGAUGUGCAACUAAAAGGAAGUCCAGAAUCUGUGGAACUAGUCACCGGGGCUACCAUACAUACCAAAAGUGGGUUGUGGUGCAAACUGAGAAGAAGAUCACAAGUAAAUUGAUAGCUAACAUUCUUGUCAUCCCAAGAAUAUGGUACACUUAUUUGUGCUACAUGAUAAUGCUUGGGAAAUAUAUAUCUUUCUUCUCACUAGGGAGAAUUUAGUUCA